UCUCCACUAUGUCAGUGUAUGUGUUAUUGCCCUGUAGGUCGGGAUUAAAACAAAAAAUAAUUUCAUUGUAAUUACUCAAAUUAAAUCAUAUAUCCAAUUAAUAAAUUUUCAGCUAUGUUGUAAUUUUGAAAAAAAAAAAAUGCUUUAUUUGCAUCUUCAUUUCUUGUAGGGCAUCAUUACUGACAUGUCAAUACACGAGCAGGAUAAUAGUAAAAGCUACUCAGAGGUGCUCCCAAGUUCACAAGGGGUCACCACAACAGCUAGCUCCACUUGUCUUUCUUGAUGCAGACCUGAAGGGAUUUGUGUGUCCUCCCAGGGAUGAACCAGAGAUCUCUCUAUGUUAAGUGAAUGUGUAAACACCAAAACAAUAUAAUGACUACAAUUUAAAUUUACAUUUUCCCCCAUUAAAUAAUCAGCAAGUAAGUUCACAAACUCAUUAGAAAAGUCAUUUAUUGGGGGGCCGUUUUCCCACAAACUUCUGUACUACCAGAAGUCUUUUAUGCAGGAGCCUUGCAGGGGCUGACAAAGCUUUCAGCCCCUACUGGCCAUUAAAAGUAAGGCAGCUUUAGAGCGCUUCUCUGCUGGCUACACUUUUCAGAUGCACAACCUGGGUCCAUUUAAAUAAUGUCUAUGAUAAUUUUAAAAAGAAUAAUAUGUACUUUUACAAACAAAGUCUGCUGAAAAAAAAAAUCACAUUUUAAUCAUUACUGUUGCAUUAUCUGACUUUUAUUUUGAAGCAAAAAUUAUACUUUGAAGGGACUCGAUUUUACAACCGGAAGAGGUCUUUUUCACUUCCCCUAAAUUUCUUUUAGACCAAACAGCUACAUCGCACGGGGUUCUGAGAAGUUACACUGAAUACGAGUUUUUUUUUCAGUUUUGCAUAGCCAGUAAAUAGCGAGGCUUUGCGUUGAAAACAGAGAUGUCGCACACAAUUUUGCUUGUCCAACCAACCAAGAGACCAGAGGGCCGCACAUACGCUGACUAUGAGUCAGUUAAUGAAUGCAUGGAGGGUGUUUGCAAAAUGUAUGAAGAGCACCUCAAGAGGAUGAAUCCAAACAGUCCCUCCAUUACGUAUGACAUUAGUCAGUUGUUCGACUUUAUUGAUGACUUGGCAGAUCUGAGCUGUCUCGUAUACAGAGCUGACACUCAAACAUAUCAACCAUACAACAAAGACUGGAUAAAGGAGAAGAUAUACGUCCUCUUACGGCGUCAGGCUCAGCAAGCAGCAAAGUCAGUUUGACAGGGGGAAUUCUUUCAUAUUGUACCAAACAUGAGGAAGAGAGAUUGGGGAAAAAUUGGGGGAUGUGGAAAAAAUUUGGGGAUUUUCUUUUUGGAAAUGUCAUCCUUGGCAGCAUGUGUUUGUGUUUGUAAUUUGUAACGCAAAGCCCUUUUCAGACAUGGUUCCACCACUGUGCUUAAGUGACGGCACUUUUUCCAUUCAGGCCACUUUUUGCAGCUUCAUUCAGACACGUAAGCUCUUUUCACAUGUGCACUGCAGCCUGAUGUCUUUCUUGACAUUACCUGAGAAAGGUGCAUGUAAGAACACAAAUGUGUGAUGCAGUUGGAUUGGACAUUAAAUGGAUUUCAGCCAGGAACAAAAUUCAUGUAAUGUGCAUAGGAACUUAGUAGUUAUAUUGUGUCCUUUCUAUAGGAUAUUGUAAUUGUGCAGCUCCCUCACCUAAACCACAUGGAAGGCUUGCUUUUGUGUUACAUGUGAGAAAGAACUUUACACAAUGUCCUGAUAUGCCUGUUCCAACCUUUUAAGUUUGUGUGUGAAAACGGCUAUACCGGCAACUGUGGCAAAAGUGUCAUUGAUCUGGCAGGACAUUUGCCAUACAUGAAUUAAGUCGUAUUCAUUACCUUUUGGAAGUACAUAAAUACAUAAAAAAAACCCGAUGAGGUUAGUCAUUUAAUUAUGAAUCUGACGUGUGCCAUCAAAAAAGACUACAUGUAUGAAAAGGGCUUCUUUUCUUUUUCUUUGUAAAGACUGCAUUGCCCAUUUAACAAAGGGAAUGUUUUCACAUCGUUUUCAUUGGCAAAAGAGGUUUGGAAUAAAUGGGGUGAAACUCUACAUUUUGGGCUUUAUACUGAAAAAUUGGGUCAUGGUUGGGAACCUGCAUGUUUAAGUUGUUACACUAUGAUGGGAAGAAUGGAGAAAUACUCCACGGGGUAGAAAAACGUUUUUUGUGUGUGUUUUUCAGUUUCCCUAAAAGUUAUGUGAAUUUUAUUUUUAUUUUUUUUUCUAUGUACAUUUUCCUGGGUGGUUGAAUUUCAAGACGUUGUGGACUUUGAAAGCAGCCGUUUUAUUUUUGAAGUAGAUCAGUGGCUGAAGACUGAUGAUCACAUGACAACCCAGGAUAUUUGUUACUAUAAUUAAUGGACGUUUUUGAGUUUUAAUUAUGUUUUAAAAGCCCACCAUUGUGAUAUAAAACGUUUUUGUAAUCCUGCUGUUUUGCAUAACAACUGAUUUCAACUCUGCAUUUCUGGUUUCUUUUAUUGAAACAAAAUAAACGAUUGUUUCUGA